AUUUAGUAGAAGUUAAUUACUCUUCACACUAGAGGCAAAUUUCUUUUUGUUAUAAUUAGGCUAGAUACCCAAAAUUUUGUUUCUUAAAUUAUACUUAUAUGCAUAUUCGCAAGAGAUUCCAUUAAUUAUGAUAAUGUAUGAAUAAUUUGAGUAACUGCAAUUGCGUUACAUGCAACAAUUCUUAGAAAAUUUUGUUACAUGAGUUGGGUUAUUUUGCUAGUGUAGUGGCAGUCAUUUAAAAUAUAGUUACAGACUGCUUCAAAACAGUGAUUCUGCCCGGCACGCAACCGCGAGACAAAACCUUUUUCACUUUUACCUGUUUAAAUAAAAAGCUUCAAAAACGGAUACCAUGGCUGCUACAAUGCCUAUAAACCCAAAACCAUUUCUAAAUGGUUUGACAGGUAAACCUGUAAUGGUAAAACUUAAAUGGGGCCACGAGUAUAAAGGGUAUCUAGUAUCAGUCGAUGGGUAUAUGAAUUUACAAUUAGCUAAUACAGAAGAACACAUAGAUGGAAACUGUACUGGCAAUCUUGGCGAAGUUCUAAUUAGAUGUAAUAAUGUAAUGUACAUACGAGGAGUAGAAGAAGAAGAUGAAGAAGGAGAAAUGAAGGAUUAACUUCACUUAUAUUUAUAUUUCAAUUUAGGUUAAUAUUUU